AACCCUUUUCCAUUUUUUUCCUUCUCAAUUCCCUUCCUCUAUGCUCAGAAUUCUUUCCCUCCGCCGCUUCCUCCGCCACUGCAACCCCUCCGAUUCCUCUCCAAAGUCACCCUCACUUCCAUUCCCACGCUUUCCCUUUCCUUCUUCGCCUUUUUCAUUCCGUUUAUCUACACCCAUUUACCCUCACAAGCUCCUCGCCAUGGCUGCACAGUCCUCCGGUGGUAGCGCUCACCCUCACAACUACACCAACCACCUUGCCACUGAGCACAGUCCUUAUCUCUUGCAGCAUGCCCAUAAUCCGGUUAAUUGGUAUCCGUGGGGAGAGGAAGCAUUUGCGGAAGCUCAGAAGAGAAACGUGCCUAUCUUCUUAUCUAUUGGAUACAGCACCUGCCAUUGGUGUCAUGUUAUGGAAGUUGAAUCGUUUGAGAAUGAAGAGGUAGCCAAACUGUUAAAUGAUUGGUUUAUCAGUAUCAAGGUUGAUCGUGAGGAGCGACCAGAUGUUGAUAAGGUGUACAUGACAUAUGUUCAGGCUCUUUAUAGUGGUGGGGGUUGGCCGCUCAGUGUCUUUCUCUCUCCUGAUUUGAAACCUUUGAUGGGUGGGACUUACUUUCCACCUGAUGAUAAAUACGGGAGACCUGGAUUUAAGACCGUCCUUAGGAAAGUGAAGGAAGCAUGGGAUAAUAAAAGAGAUGUUCUUGUCAAGAGUGGAACUUUUGCUAUUGAACAACUUUCUGAGGCCUUGUCUGCUACUGCAAGUUCUAAUAAAUUGCCAGAAGAACUCCCACAAAAUGCACUACGUUUAUGUGCUGUGCAACUUUCUCAAAGCUAUGAUCCAAAUUUCGGUGGAUUUGGUUCAUCUCCUAAAUUUCCGAGACCAGUUGAGGUUCAACUUAUGCUUUAUUAUGCCAAAAAAUUGGAAGAAUCUGGGAAGUCAGAUGAAGCAGAGGAAAGCCUGAAUAUGGUCACUUUUGGUCUCCAAUGUAUGGCAAGAGGGGGUAUUCAUGACCAUGUUGGAGGUGGCUUUCACAGAUAUAGUGUGGAUGAGUGCUGGCAUGUUCCCCACUUUGAGAAGAUGCUUUAUGAUCAAGGACAGAUUACAAAUGUUUAUCUGGAUGCUUUUUCGAUAACCAAGGAUGCCUCUUAUUCAUGUGUAUCUCGUGAUGUUCUUGAUUAUCUGCGGAGAAACAUGAUUGGACCCCAAGGCGAAAUAUUUUCUGCAGAGGAUGCUGAUAGUGCUGAAUCUGAAGGAGCUACAAGAAAAAAAGAAGGGGCCUUCUAUGUGUGGACAAGUAAAGAGCUCGAUGACAUACUUGGUGAGCAUGCAGAUUUCUUCAGGGAUCAUUAUUACAUAAAGCCUUCAGGAAAUUGUGAUCUUUCCAGAUUGAGUGAUCCUCAUGGUGAAUUCAAAGGAAAGAAUGUUCUUAUUGAGAUGAAAAGUGUAUCUGAGAUGGCAUCAAAACAUGGCAUGCCUGUUGAAAAAUAUCUUGAGAUUUUGGGGGAAUGUAGGCAAAAGCUUUUUAAAGUAAGAGAGCAUCGACCAAAGCCACAUCUGGAUGAUAAGGUAAUUGUUUCAUGGAAUGGGCUGACAAUCUCAUCGUUUGCAAGAGCCUCAAAGAUUCUCGGGAAUGAAAAGGAGGGCACAAGAUUCUACUUUCCAGUUGUUGGCUGCGAUGCAAAAGAGUACUUUGAGGUUGCGGAGAAAGCUGCUCUUUUUAUUAGGACAAAGCUUUACGAUGAACAAACGCAUCGGUUACAACAUAGUUUCAGGAAUGGGCCAUCCAAAGCUCCUGGAUUUCUUGACGACUAUGCAUUUCUAAUUGGAGGGUUACUUGAUCUCUAUGAAUAUGGUGGUGGACUGAAUUGGUUAGUCUGGGCAAUAGAACUUCAAGCCACCCAGGAUGAGCUGUUUCUUGAUAGAGAGGGUGGAGGGUACUACAAUACUACUGGUGAAGACGCAUCUGUUCUUCUACGGGUGAAGGAAGAUCAUGAUGGGGCUGAGCCAUCUGGGAACUCGGUUUCAGCUAUCAAUCUUAUCAGGUUAUCCUCACUGGUUUCUGGAAGUAGGUCCAACCAUUACAGACAGAACGCUGAGCAUCUUCUGGCCGUUUUCGAGAAAAGAUUAAAGGACAUGGCUGUGGCUGUACCUUUGAUGUGUUGUGCAGCUGACAUGUUUUCAAUUCCAUCUAGAAAGCAAGUUGUCUUGGUCGGCCAUAAGAAUUCGGCACAGUUUGAAACUAUCCUCGCUGCAGCUCAUGCUUCAUAUGAUCCCAAUAGAACUGUUAUUCACAUCGAUCCAACAGACGACACGGAACUACAAUUUUGGGAAGGAAACAAUAGGAACGUUGCUGUUAUGGCGAAGAACAAUUUUGCUGCAGAUAAGGUAGUGGCUUUGAUUUGCCAAAACUUCACUUGUAAAGCCCCCAUAACUGACCCUGGAUCUCUAGAGGCCAUGCUUGCACAGAAACCUUCCUGAUCAUGUUGCUGCAUUUAGCAUUAUCCUAAUGUCUUAUAUACAUCAUAUCCUUUCUGAAAUAGUUGUACACAUAAUUAGGUUGAUUUUUUGGUGGAAAUCAUGUGUCAGGUUGAAAUAGAAAAGUGGUCUUUAAAGUUUUCUCAUCUCUGUUUUUGGUUGUUCAAAAGUGAGGUUGAGUUGGGUAGAGAAGACAGAUAUCGUGGUGUCUUGCCAAGGAAAUCUCCAGGUUGUAUUCCAAUGUUGAAUAAAUAACAGCAUAACUCUGUUCUCAACAUAACUCAAAAUUCUAAAAGAGUAAUGAUUUUAUUGUGAGAAUUCGAA